AUGUCUGCUACUAAAUACACCAAAAAAGCCGCUGUUAUGGCUGCUAUUGCUGCUAUUGCCAAUGCCAAGGCUAGUCAAAGAGAUGUCGAUGAAAUGAACUUAAUUAUGGCUGAUGUUAACGAAAAUUUGGUUGAAUAUGCCAAUUUAUUAGGUAAAAUCGAAAUUCCUGACGCUUUAUUCGAUAUCUACGGUGCUAUGGAUGCUGCUACUGAUGAUUCUUGGACCACCAUGUAUGAUAACUUAGACAUGGCCCAAAUCACUGCCAUGUUAACUGCUUUACCAUGGUAUUCCUCUAGAUUGGAACAACCAUUAUACAGUAUCACUCACAUUCCAUCUUCUACCUCUACCUCUACUUCUACUUCUACCACCUCUACCUCCACCUCUACCUCUACCUCUACCUCUACCUCAGCUGCUGCUUCUUCUGCUUCUGCUGUUGAAUCUACUGCUGUUACCAGUACUUCUAUUGCUUCCUCAGCUGCUGCUUCUUCUGCUUCUGCUGUUGAAUCUACUACUGUUACCAGUACUUCUAUUGCUUCCUCAGCUGCUGCUUCUUCUGAUUCUGCUGUUGAAUCUACUACUGUUACCAGUACUUCUAUUGCUUCCUCAGCUGCUGCUUCUUCUGGUUCUGCUGUUGAAUCCACUACUGUUACCUCUGUUGUUGAAUCAUCUGUUGCCCCAGAAACCGCUACUUCCAUUGCUCCAAUUAACAACUCUACUACCGUUGUUAUUUCUUCUGUUGCUCCAGAAACUACUACCUCUAUUGCUCCAGAAACUACUACCUCUGUUGCUCCAAUCAACAAUACCACUACUACUUCACAAUUUGCUAAUACCACCUCUUAUACUACUCAAUUGUCUACUGUUUACGAAACUGUUACUUCUUGUGAAGAUGGCUGCAGCGGUCCAAACCCUGAAUACACCACCUAUGUCACUGCCGUAGACACUAUCACUGGUACUACCACUUACUGUCCAGAAUCUGAAUUAACUACAUACACUUCCGAUGUUUCUACAGUUGACAAGACUAUUACCUCUUGUGAAGGUGACUGUACCAACACUGCUCCUACUGCUUCAAAGGAUGAAACUACCUACAUUACUCAAAUUUCUACUUUGAAGACUACUGUUACUACCAAGAUGAACACUGUUUCUCCAACAAUCAAGGUCCAAGAAUCUAGCUCUGCUACCGUUACUGUUGAACAACAAACCCAAAAUGGUGCUAACAGAUUUGCUAUCGGUAUGGGUGCCGGUGUCGCCGCUGCCAUUGCUAUGUUAUUAUAA